AGAAGAAGAAGAAGCAGGAGAAACAUUAAACAAAGGAAGCGUGAGCAGCGUUAGCUCUGUUCAUCUACAGUAUGAGCUGGAGGAAGGCUUUUAGGUCAUAACGCAGGUAAUUAUUCAUGUUAUAGUUUAGCAACAAUGUCUUCAGUUCAGUAUUUGAGAGGGUUUAUCAACGAGAGACUAACUGCUGCUGCUGAAGAAAUAUUCGGAGUUAUAGAGAAAACUAUCGUCGAGUACGAAGAAGAGAUCGACCGUCAGCGCAGACUGUUGGAUAUAGCUUGGAAACCUGAAAUAAAGUUACACAGGAUAGUUCCUCCAGAGCUCCCACAGCAACAUGUCUGUAAGGAGAAGGAGGCUGUCGCUGACCAGCAGCUCUGUAUUGAGGAGAGGAACUCCAGUGUGGACCAAGAGGAGCCAGAGCCUCCACAGAUUAAAGAGGAAGAGGAGGAACUGUGCAGCAGUCAGGAGGGAGAGCAGCUUGAAGUGAAGCAGGAAACUGAUGACUUUAUGUUGAUUCCUCCUUAUGAAGAAAGUGACCACAGUGAAGACGAGUCUCUCAACGUUAGUAUCAGUGAAUCUCAAAAUGUGGUGGAGGAAAACUUUAUAAACUACAUUGUUAUUAAAAACUCUGUGGUCCCAGAAGCAGACAGUGAUCACCAGCUCCUCUCUCACAACUCUCAUGAAGCUGAGAGCCAACAUCAGGAAGGAGACGAGCACGGUGACUCAGGAUCAUCUUACAAUGUAUCUAACCCUUUUAUAUCAACAAUUCAGUGUAAUACUCACACAGGUAAAACGUCUUUAAAGUGUGACACUUGUGGGAAAACUUUUAAGUAUAGGUCAGAUUUAAAGAGACACCUGAUAACCCACACAGGUGAGAGGCCAUAUUCUUGCAACACCUGUGGGAAAAAAUUCAUUCAGCCAUCAUUAUUGAAGAAUCAUAUAAGAAUACACACAGGGGAGAAGCCAUUUAUUUGCAAGACAUGUGGGAAAGAAUUCGGAUAUAGCAGUCACUUGAAAGUCCACAUGAGAACUCACACAGGAGAGAAGCCAUAUUCUUGCAAAACAUGCGGAAAAGAUUUCAGACUUCUUAGUAAUUUGAAUGUCCACUUGAGGAUCCACACAGGUGUGAAGCCGUUUUCUUGCAACACCUGUGGAAAAGAUUUCGGACGCAAAAGUCACUUGAUAGGCCACAUGAGAAUUCACACGGGAGAGACGCCGUUUACGUGCAAAAUAUGUGGGAGAGCUUUCAAACUUAGUUCAGGCUUGAUAGGCCACAUGAGAACCCACACAGGUGAGAAGCCGUAUUCUUGCAACACCUGCGGGAAGACGUUCUGUCGGUCAUCAGUAUUGAAUAUGCAUUUAAAUAUCCAUACAGGUGCGAAGCCGUAUUGUUGCAGCACCUGUGGAAAAGAUUACAGGCGUAAGUGUGACAUGGUAGUCCACAUGAAAAGAGCCCACGCUGGUGAGAAGUCGGACCAUUGCAAGACCUGUGGGAAAAGCUGCUUUGAUGGGUCUACUACGGCAAACCAUAUAGCAUUGCAGUCAGGCGAGUAGAUUUGCUUUUGCAUGAGAACUCAGAAGUGAAGAGCCAAAUAAUUGUAGCACUUAAAGGAAAACUUUUACCCAAAUCAUGUUCUUGGAAAAAAAACACCUGAGGAUCAGGAGAUACCACUGAACUGAAACCUCCGAUGAGUCAUGCUCACUAACUGUAUGAAAUACAUUUUUGCAAUAGCUACAUCUCUGCCAUUAAAUGCAUACAAUCCCCAAAAAGUCACAAUAUGUUGAAGUAGUACAUUUUCAACAAUCCUAUCAAGUUUUAUUGAUCUGAUCUCCUUGGGUUUGGUCACUUAUGUUGUCACCCUGCCAACUAGAGUCUUUUCCUUUUUGUCUGGACAUGUCAUAUUUAAUUAAAAUGUUAUGUAUUUUGUCAUUGCAUCUACUUGAUAUAAUUUUUGUUGUUUGGGGUUUUAGUAGUGACACAAAAGCAAAAGUAAAUCGUGUACUGCUUGGUGCUUUUAAUGCUUACAUAAGCUUAGAUUAUAAGAAGUUAUAAUAUUAAGGAUCGUGGGCAAGAGAAUGCUGUUUUUCUGUCUAAUGCAUAUUCUAAAAGUAAAGCUUUGUAAGAUGAUUAUUUAAGAAAACCAGUCACCCUGACGUCUUAAGUUAGAGAAGUAAAUUAUGUUCAUCGCGGCUGCAGCAGAGUGUGACUUAAAUUAAGUGUAUAAUAAGUUGUCAUAGUGAGAAUAGUUCUUAUCAGUGUUAAGUUAUAACAUGCAGGACAUGUUUUAAUAUUGCAACUCAGCGACUGGAGGUUAAGUUAAAUGAUUUGAUAGCAUUUGUAAAUUUGAUCAGUGAAGCUGUCUCAUAUUGACCAAGAAUGUCUAUAGUGGAAAAUGUAACAUGUCGGCUACUCAAGUACUGUAUUUAUAGUGCUCAGAUGGCCAAGGUUGCAUGUAUUCCACACAAAUAGAAAAGCUUAAAACACUUACAAUAAAAGAAAUAAUCAGAACUUUU